UAAACAAACUUGAAUUGCUCUCAACAAUAGAGUCAAUGCGCGUCCACGCGCACAAGGUCCUGUGGACGCGUGCAGGCUGCGCCUCGGUGCUAGAACAGCAGCGAAGGGACGCGCUCCAUGAUGAGCCCCAUUCUCUGCCUUCGGUUUCCUAAUUUUCUGUUUUCAUUUGUCUCCACCAGCUCGCGCGCAGGGUCGCUCCUUCACGUCGCGUCAGGAAGGUUCACGUGUGUGUUGCAUUGAUAACGCGGGCGUGUGUUGCGCGUGUGACAUGCGAGUGGACCGAUAUGGAGUAAACCAGCGCCGGGGAUGGAAAGACGAUUAUCAUGGCGGACCCAGAGGUGUCAACACAGAGUGGGGGCUAUGAUGUGGAGCUGUUUGUGGACACUCCAGACUACGAUCUGGUCUGCACCAUAUGCCAGGGGGUCCUCAGGUGUCCAGUAAGAGCUGCAUGCCACCACAUCUUUUGCAAGAAAUGCAUCUUGCAGUGGCUGAAGAGGCAGGAGACCUGCCCUUGCUGCAGGAAGCCUGUAAACUCGAGCUUGAUCUUUGUGAUGUUUAAGCUGAGCAAAUCUAUUGGACGCAUGAAGAUCAAGUGUAAGAAUGAGAUCCGGGGAUGUGCAAAGACCUUCUCUCUCUCGGAGCAAUACUGCCACAGCAUGAGCUGUCUGUACGAGCUCAUCCCCUGUCCGUACCAGGGCUGCCGGGCACAGCUCCUCCGCAGGGACCUGGACACCCAUGCACGCCACUGCGAACACUGGCGUCAGCCCUGCCACAUGGGCUGCGGGACGAUUCUCUCCCAUCGCACCCAGGCUCAACACAACUGCUACAAGCAACUGAGGCAGGAGUAUGAAACCAGGCAGAGGAACCACAGGGCCAUCGCAACUACCCUGCAGAGGAAGAUGAGGAGGAUGCAGAGCACCAUGACCCACAUGAAGAGGCAGAUAGGGCUGAUCUGUGAAAGCCUGGAAGUGAUGGACGAUCUGCACGAGGUGGAAGAAGAGGACCUUGGAGAGAGCAGUGGCAACAGUGGGACUCCAAUUAGCAACAACAGCAACUGCUGAGGGACAAUACUGCUGCCAAUUGGCUGCUGCUGUGUAUAAUUUCGGCAUUUGUUAAUUUCUUUCAAGGUGUGUGUUUUUAGAAUAUUUAGAUAUAUUAAUAAAAAGAGGGUAUUAACAAUC